AUGUCUUUCAUCAGCACACUCACCGUUGUGGCAUCCCUGCUACUUGCAGACCUUGUCAACGCGGAACGGUUGACCAGUCUCGGGUAUAGUCAGGAGUAUAGGACUGGGUCCUUUUUCCAUGACCGCUAUAUCUCGGAUAACUCUUCCUAUCAGAUCGAUGGAAUCAGUACCGACAUCGUUAACUUGGCCCAGGUCACCGCGAGUGCGCCUCAAGAUGAUGUGAUUGACAACUCCGGAGAAGGAUUCCUGCAAGGCCUCUACCCCCCUGUUGGCUCUAUUGCCACGGAUACUCUUCGCAAUGGAUCAACCAUCCAGUCCCCCUUGAACGGCUACCAGCUGAUUCCUAUGUCAGAUGUGCGAUCUGGCAGUGGUAGUGAGGACAACACGUGGCUGCAGAGCACCUCUUCCUGUAGCAAGGCCAAAUUCAGCAGUAAUAACUACUUGAAUUCGAAAUCCUACCACGACCUACUGUCAACCACGCGCGGACUCUACCAGUCUCUUGAGCCGCUAGUGAAUCAGACAUUCAACCCUAGUGAGUUGAGUUACAAGAAUGCAUACACCAUAUGGGAUUUGCUCUACGUGGCUUUGAUCCAUAACUCCACUGCGAGCUUCCCCUCAUCCGCCGCUCUUACCGACACGGUCAUGCAAGAGCUACUUGUUCUUGGGAAUGAGCACGAGUUCAACCUGGCGUACAAUAUUUCAGACCCCAUCCGUGCUGUUGCAGGUAUGACUUUGGCAGGCGAAGUUCUGACAGCCUUGAACGAAACAAUUACAUCUGGCGGGGAAUCCAAGCUGAACGUCCAGUUUGGUGCAUACGCCUCUUUCCUGUCCUACUUUGGCCUUGCCGGGCUCUCAUCCGCCAAUGCGAACUUUACCGGAAUCCCUAGCUAUGCUUCAUCCAUGGCAUGGGAGCUUGUGACAAACGACGAGGGAACUGGGGACUCAGCAAAGCUGCUAGCUUAUCCACUUUUUGGACAAUCUACGAUCGAACUCCCUUGGUCGCAAUUUGUGGACAAGACAAAUGAGUUUGCCAUUACAUCGCAGCAGCAAUGGUGUGAUGCCUGUGGAAAUAGCACUGGAAUCUGCGCCUCAAGCUCUGGUGCUGGCGAUGGUUCCUCGUCUGCUUCCUCGGUCGGUUCUUGUUCGGGCAGAGGGAUGAGUUUAGGAGUGGCAGGCGUCAUCGGUGCACUGGUGACUUUGGGCGUUCUUGUUGGGCUGUUAAUCCUGAGUAUGGUCAUAUUUGGCCUACGAUUCGUACCCAAAAGUGCAGUCGCCGGUAUCCAUCGAGGAUCGGACGCUUCGACGGCCCCAGCGAUUAAGACGAUUGCAGCGUGA